GCUCACACUCAUUGCUCAACCGUAACAGUAAAGACCUGUGCGAAAGUUUGUUGCACAACCCGCACACACGAGUUCUCUCAAUCGCUGUGAUUUUAGUAACAUUACCCGAGUGCUCGAGCUUUUUUUCUUUUUCAUGGCACCUUCUCCUCAGUGUACGAUUUCGUUCGAUGACAAUUACCAUGGCGUGUUCUUUGCCGGACAGACAAUCACUGGUACAGUUGACAUUGAUCUACCCAAGACAAAGAAAGUGAAAGGAGUUUUACUUAAAGUUACCGGUCUGGCAUGUGUCCUGUGGACGGAAACCUAUGGGACGGGUAUAACUGUUGCAUUCCAGGGAAGAGAAGAUUUCCUCAAGCAUACGAUUGAUUUUGUACGCUCUGAAACAGAUGAUCCAAUUGAAAUGGCACCAGGACGUCAGAUUUAUAAAUUUACUUUUCAACUGCCAAGCACACUGCCUACGUCUUUCGAAGGCGAUUACGGUUACAUACGUUACACAGCUCGGGUCGUCUUUGAGCGUCCGUGGAAAUUCGAUCUUACUUACAAAAUCGCGUUUACCGUGGUAAAUCAGCUCAACCUGAACACCGUCACGCCACCGUUAAAUGUGGCCGUAGUUCAAGAACACAUAAAACACUUCUACUGCGGACCUUGUCGCUCAGAACCACUAAGUAUCAACGUGAUGCUUCCGAUGACGGGAUACGUACCCGGACAGUUCAUUCUCGUUACGGUCGACAUAUCCAAUCGAAGCAAUAAAUGCAUUGCAGAGGUGAAGCUCAAACUUCGCCGACAAGUACGAUACAGCAGUCAAACGCCGUACAAGCAGGUGCGCACUGUUUACAAUACCUUGGCCAAGUUUCAGUGCAGUGGUGUCGAUGCGAAAGGAUCAGCAGGAUAUGAAAGACGAUUUCUGGUGCCACCGGAACCUCCGACUCGUAGCGAUACAAUCAUUCGUCUCGAGUACUUUGUUGAAGUGACCGCAAAGGUUCCAGGAAUGGCCUACAGUCCCGAAGUACAGAUACCAAUUACAAUCGGAACGGUGCCGCUCGUCAACCUUAACCAAACACAACACAGAGCAUCCAUCGUUGAGGGACAUAUGACGACUGCCUCUUCCAUUACGCAAAAGAUCUUUCACAGCAGUGUGCCGUCGCUAAUGAUUCCACAUACAUUCGAAAAGUCAGCAGGUCGUAGCGAGGUAAACAUUCAAGACGAUGACGAGUCACCAUCGUUAGGAACCGUGCCCUUUUCACCUCGCUACCCUAUGUACCAUUUUGAUACAGAUAAUCAGCCUGCAGUUCACGGUGCAAAACUGCCAACAAUUCACGCCCAACCUGCAAAAAACUACGGCGGUGAUAAAAUUCCUUCACACGAGCAGCCCACCCGAAACAGAUAACAGUUCAAGUGGAUUAACAUUGAUAGUGUAGGGCUCUGCAGGAUGCCGUUUGGGUAAUCUAUGCAAGUGAUUUUUUAUUAACUUUCUGCAAAUCCCACUACUAACAAACGGUGCUAUCUUCAGUGUGAUGUACGUUAAGAGAUACUUGUUCAAUUCUCCAGCUACUGUUCAUUUGACAACACGUGUUAGAUAAGAAAUAAAAAGGGUAAUAAAAGGGUAUAGGUUUGAUUCAAA